AUGGUGUCUGCCAAACCUAAUGGAAAACUACUGCACACACACCCUUGCCCUCAACUAUCCCAAGCAGCUGGUCAAAAGGAAUGGAUCCCUGCCUGGGACAAAAGGGACCUAUCCAAGCACGGCAUGGAAAAAUCCACUGCCCUGGACAAAAAUGUUCUGAAGAGUACAUCAGAAGAGAUCUCCGCUGAGACUGGAAACCCUGUUCAUCCAAUCCCUGCUAAUCUUAGAGAUCCUGAGGCAGUUAAAGCCUCCGUAGAUCAAUUUGUAGAGAUCUGUGGAGGUCUACCGGAUGUCAUCAUCAAUAAUGCUGCUGCCAACUUUGUGGCUCCAACAGAACGACUUUCUCCCAAUGCAUGGAAGGCAGUAGUUGAUGUGGUAUUAAAUGGAACUGUGUAUACCACCCUGGAGAUAGGAAAAAGACUAAUAGAGCAAGAGAAAGGUUUGUAA